ACUUCACAUGAAAGAAAUCCUUCUCGUGCCGAGUGCCCUGCUGCUGCUACGGUUAAAGUAACAGUUCAGUGUAGAGCGAAUUUGGGAGUGUCUGUUUUGGAGGUUGCGUUUAUAACUGCGGGAUUACAGUUGUUUUGGUGAAGAGUAACGGUACAACAUUCAACGCCGAAUUUCAAUUUGUUACUUCUGGUUUGUGGAUUAGUUUUCGGCUUGCCUCGAAUGAUUUAGUAGUUCUCAAAAUAUUUUCUACACACCAUGGUCCACAAGUAUGACACAGAGAGGGCAGUGGGUCUGCUGAGACAGUACCAGGACAGUCUGACCAGGCCAGAGGAACAAGCCCUGAAGACCAGCGUGGGGAAGGUCUCCGCCAUCUUCGGCAGCCAACUGUUUCACGCCCUACUUGAUAUCCAAGAAUGUUACGAGGUGACCCUGCAACUGAACACAACCCAGAACGCAGUGAAGGAGGCCAGUGCUGAGGAUGCGGGGGAGAACUCUGAGGAGGAGGGAGUGUCGCGGGUACGAGUGACCAGCAGGAGGAACCCUCAGAAGGUGGAGCAUGUGUUGGGGCUGGUGAGCCGCUACCACAUCGAGACGCCUAAGGCGAACCCUCCCCCUGUCAUCGUCAACGCAGACUCACUGGAUGCAGGCCCUUAUGUAAAUGGCAGUGAUGGGAUGUAUAAAUAUGACGAGAUCAUCUUGGAAAGGGGUAACUCUGGCCUGGGCUUCAGCAUCGCUGGGGGGAUGGACAAUCCACAUAUCCCAGAUGACCCAGGGAUCUUCAUCACCAAGAUCAUCCCUGGAGGAGCUGCAGCUAUGGACGGCAGGCUGGGGGUGAAUGACUGUGUGCUGCGUGUGAACGAGGUGGAUGUGUCUGAGGUGGUCCACAGCCGGGCGGUGGAGGCCCUGAAAGAGGCUGGCCCUGUGGUCAGGCUGCUGGUCAGGAGAAGACAGGCCCCUCCUGAGACCAUCCUGGAGAUCAACCUGCUCAAGGGACCCAAAGGCCUUGGCUUCAGCAUCGCUGGGGGGAUCGGCAACCAGCACAUCCCUGGAGACAACAGCAUCUACAUCACAAAGAUCAUCGAGGGUGGGGCCGCACAGAAAGACGGACGGCUGCAGACCGGAGACCGCCUGCUAGCUGUGAACAACAUCAUCCUGCAGGACGUGCGUCACGAGGAGGCGGUGGCGGCGCUGAAGAACACCUCUGACAUGGUCUACCUCAAAGUGGCCAAGCCCGGACCCGUGCACCUCAACGACAUGUAUGCCCCUCCGGACUACUCCAGCACCUUCCCCACCAUGGUGGACAACCACGUCAGCCACAACUCAGGCAUGGCCUACAUGGGAGCUAUGGAGCCCAAGCCCGUCUACAGCCAGCCCCCCCAGGUCACGCCCUCCAGGUACUCCCCAGACCCCCGUCACAUGCUGGGGGAAGAAGACUUCACCAGCCACUCAAGGGAAGCCUGGGCGACUCCCGCCCCGCGCCCUGACGCUGUUGCUCUGUUUGGCAGGGAGCCGCGGAAGGUGCUGCUGCACAAGGGCUCCACGGGGCUGGGCUUCAACAUCGUGGGCGGCGAGGAUGGAGAGGGCAUUUUUGUCUCCUUCAUCCUGGCUGGAGGACCAGCAGACCUGAGCGGAGAGCUCAGAAGGGGAGACCGCAUCCUCUCGGUGAAUGGGGUGAACCUGCGGAACGCCACCCACGAGCAGGCAGCUGCAGCGCUGAAGAGGGCCGGCCAGACGGUCACCAUCAUCGCCCAGUACCGACCAGAAGAGUACAGCCGGUUUGAGUCCAAGAUCCACGACCUGAGGGAACAGAUGAUGAACAGCAGCAUGAGCUCUGGGUCGGGCUCCCUGCGCACCAGCGAGAAACGCUCCCUCUAUGUCAGAGCUCUGUUUGACUACGACCGGACCAGAGACAGCUGUCUGCCCAGCCAGGGCCUGAGCUUCUCCUAUGGGGACAUCCUGCAUGUCAUCAACGCCUCCGAUGACGAGUGGUGGCAGGCACGCCUGGUCACGCCCCACGGGGAGAGCGAGCAGAUCGGGGUCAUUCCAAGCAAGAAGAGGGUGGAGAAGAAAGAGCGAGCGAGGUUAAAAACAGUCAAGUUCCACGCCAGGACGGGCAUGAUCGAGUCCAACCGGUCAAUCAAAAUAAAGCGCAAAAAAAGCUUCAACCUCUCACACAAGUUCCCGUUUUACAAGAGCAAGGAGAAUAUUGUGCAGGAGUUGGAGUCUGAACAAUGCCUGACGUCAAACACCAGCGACAGUGAAAGCAGCUCAAAGGGCCAGGAAGACACAAUUCUCUCAUACGAGCCAGUGAUUCGACAGGAGAUUCAUUACACGAGGCCUGUGAUCAUCUUAGGCCCAAUGAAAGACCGAGUUAACGAUGACCUGAUUUCAGAGUUCUCGCACAAGUUUGGCUCCUGCGUUCCUCACACGACACGUCCGCAGCGGGAGAACGAGAUGGACGGCCAGGACUACCACUUUGUGGGCUCGCGGGAGCAGAUGGAGAAGGACAUUCAGGAUAAUAAGUUCAUUGAGGCAGGCCAGUUCAAUGAGAACCUCUAUGGGACCAGCAUCUUGUCUGUCAGAGCAGUGGCCGAGAGGGGAAAACAUUGUAUCCUGGACGUGUCUGGGAACGCUAUAAAGCGACUGCAACAAGCACAACUUUAUUCGAUUGCAAUUUUCAUCAAACCAAAAUCCAUUGAAGCUCUUAUGGACAUGAAUAAGAGACAGACUUACGAACAAGCUAAUAAAGUCUUUGAUAAAGCGAUUAAGCUUGAACAAGAGUUUGGAGAAUUUUUCACAGCCAUUGUACAGGGUGAUUCGCUAGAGGAGAUCUACAACAAAAUCAAGAUGAUCAUUGAGGAACAGUCGGGCCCCUACAUCUGGAUACCUUCUUCAGAGAAGCUCUGAGCUCCCCAGCUGUACCCCUCUGUCGGCGCAGAGCCCCCCUCCCGACACCCUGCCCGUCCCCCGAAGAGCUCCUCCCUCCCCCUUUUUUGCAGAUAUGUUUCAUAUCAAGUUUUAGUGUCAUCAUUAUGUUAAUCUCAAAUGAAAACAAGUCUUAUCACCAUUUCUGUGACUGUGCGCACCCCUGCAUGAGUUUCUCAGCAAAUCCAUUCAAGACUGGAAAUGCCAUUUCAAAUGAAUUUGUCAUUUUAAAACAAAACAAGGGAAAGGCAAAAUGAAUCGUUCUUUGUGAAAUGGGACUGACAGUUGAAGAUCAGAAUGUUUUACAGACGACGCUGGAGUGAGGAGGAGUUAGGGAUUCAGGAGAAGUUGCAGGGGAAGGGAGACCAAUCAUACAAGUUGGAACACUGUAAAUGUUCAUCAAAUCACAUUUUUAAAAAAGACACGCAAGAUGAGAAGCAAAGACCACUUAGGGUUUUUUUCUACAAGGACUGGAUAAUAUCAAGCCCAGCUGAUGGUACUGUUGGAGUUAUCGCUCUUCUUUGUAAUUACUGAAGAAAUUGGUGGAGAAGCCUACAGACUGGUGAUCUACCAGCUUGCUGUUUGAUCAGCUGAUACAGACCUCUUGGGAGGCAGAACCAAUGGAAGAAAUUAGUUAUGAAUCUACAUUUAUAUAAUGAAAUCACAAGGUAAAUUAUCAAAUCCUACUGCGAUUUUACUACAUAUUAAAAACUACACGUUUUACACUUCACUAGAAUUGUCUACUUGGAGGGCUGUUAGAUUUUUUUUUGAAGUUUUUUUUUUUUGCUUGUGGUUUUUAGCUGCUCUGUGUAAAGGAUGGGGGUAGAGAAGUGUAAAGGGGCUCUCUGCAAAACACCAAAUUGCCUUACAUCAAAUACAAAUUGUUAUAUUACUACCUGUACUUUGAGGGAAGCUAUAAUUAAUUGACAAUGAAAAAAACAGAUGGAACUUUUUAUUUUAAAUGUUGACUUUUUCUGCGUUGUCUCCUGACUUCCAGGAGGCCUAACUUGUGAGUGCAAUAGACGAACGCAUCGCACUUCUGUGGAUUUCUAUCUUCCCCCUGUAUUCUUUUUGACCCUUUUCUUGUUGUAAUUUAAGAAUUGAUUGGAUUUCAAUUUAGGCAGCCAUAGCUCCCUCACCCACGUUGAGCAGCAGAUCACCCUAUUACACUCUCUACCUUCCA